GCCCCCAUGCUCAGUCACCCCCAUGGUGGCAGCACUGUUGUCCCCUUUUGUGCUGUCCCAACCCCAUUAUGGGUCCCCCCCCCGCCCUGGGGCUGAUGCCAAUCCUGCCUGCGAUGCCUGGCCAGGCCCCCAAGCCCCAUGUCCCUGGGCCUGGCUGUGCCCACUGUCACCCCACAUGAUGGCAGAGCCCGCAGUGGUGGCAGGCAGGUGAUGGGGCUGCAUGACCAUGGGCACCGCUGAGCAGCUUUGUCUGCGAUGUAAAACAAGCCCUAGGGGACAGCGAGGUGGCCCAUGGCCAUCCCAUGCUGUCCCUUUGUCCUUGUCACCUUCCUAAACCAAAUUAAGGUCCCCAAGGUGGGGGAUCUCCAUCCUUGGGGGGAGGGGGUUGAGCUUCAGCUAGAGAAAACCUGGACCCCAAGGAGCUCAUGGGGGGUGGCAAGGAAGGGACUGGGCGUUGUCCCUAGGGAUGCUGCAGCUGGGUGAGGAGGGGAGAAACCACAGCCCAAAGGGGUCCCAGCAUCCAGGCUGGACCCCCCCAUCAGGAAAACCUCAUGGUUUAUUGCUCUGGGGAUGCUCAGCCUCAGCACAGGAGGGACCAGGGGUGGCUCCUUCGUCUGACUGCCUGUCCCACAUCACCCUGGUGAAGGGACAGGGGCAAACACCCUGCCAGCGUCGCAGUGUUGUCACAGCGCCCUUGGUGACAUCGCACUGCACUGGUUCUUUGCUCCGGGAGCAGGACACCAUCACUCCCCAGGAACAUCGUGGCAGUGGGGGACCCGCUGCAGCCAUCACCCCUGGGAAACACCAUGGUCCUCAAUCCCCUGCUGCCACGGGAGAGCAGGACCCCGGGUGACCCCCAGCCCCGCAGUGGGAGUCCCCCAUCCCUGCAGGACCCCCAGUCCCCCCACAACCCCUCGCCCAGCUGGGUGGAGCUGCGGAGUGGGAUGUGCCUGGUGCGGCCAGUGCCAUCAGGCUACUUGCUUGUGACCCUGCAGAGGACCCUCAGCACCAGGCAGGGGGAGAGCCAGGCGAGAGCUGGCAGCCAGCCGCGGCAGGGCCAAAGCAGCGGCCACUCGGUCACCCCUGUGACCAGUAACUUGUCCCAGACCGAGCCACUGGCCAGGACCCCCCCCCUCACCAGGCAGGGAGGUGGCCCCAGCACAGUCCCAGUGGCCCCACGCCACGGCUGUCACCCACCCAAGGCCCCCCCCCCAGAGGUGUGCAGCACCCCAUGCCCAAAUCUGGCCACCGGCGCGUGCGUCACCCGGUCUCCCCGCCGGCCCCCUGCCCAGCUGACGGCAGACUGGCAGGGCUCCUCGCCCCCGCAGCCCCCCCCCAACCCAGCCUGACACUGGCAUGAGGGGCUUGGCACCCAUCUGUCCCGCCAAGCCGUCACCUUCCAGGAGGAAGAAGGGCACCCAGACCAAGCCACAGGCCACCGAGAGCUGCCCCUGCACCCCCUGUCCCUCCCAGGGUCCUGCUCUGUCCCCAACGAAGGUGGUCCCCAGGGACAUCCCUGGCAGGGCUCUGCCCAAGCUUGGCUCCGACUCAGCAUGGUGGCCCUUGCUGCAGGCAGGGAGCCAGGUGUCCCCGUGUCCCACAUCCCUGCUGGCAGGCCAGCAGCCAAGUGCCGCCGAGGUGGUGGCCAAAGGCAGCAGUGGCUCCGGCAAGGACAUGGCUGAGCCGGUGCUCCCCAGCAGAGCCUCCCCCACCAUCCUCCUGCAUCAGGCCCGGAUGGAGAGCUCCAGCUCUGGCCACGAUGAUGGGGAUGAGUCACUGGCCACUGGGUUUAUCGCCUUCUUCACGGGUAAGUUUGGGGGACCAGGUGGGAGGGAGAGUACGGCUUCCCCCAGUGUCUCAGCAGGGUGGGGCAUCAGUGCUGCAGGGACCCUCCCUGGGGGACAGCAGCUGCCUGCAGGCAGGGGGGUGAUGUGCAGCAGGGUCCUCAUGAGGCUUGAGGAGAUGUGCGAAGAGAGGAGGUGCUGGGGUCUGGUCGGGACACCCAGCUCCAUAAGGAUGUGGGGGCAGGUCCCCAUCCUCACCUGCAGGAAUGAGGCAUGCUGGCAUGGUGCCGGAGGAUUUCCUGGCAGCGAGUGGGAACUGGCGGUGGGGACCUCCGGAUCCCUUUCCAACAGCGUUUCUGUGGCUCUGCCCAUCCCUGCUUUGAGCCGGAGACUGGAGUAGAGAUGUCCUGAGGUCUCUCCUGUCCUACAACCCUCUGAUCCACCCUCCAGGCAUAGGUGCCUGGCUCUGCAGGGACUCUGCCAUGGUUGGCACUGUCCCCAGAGCCACCCUUUGUCCCCUGGGCACAGUGUCCAUCUUUCCAGCUCAGGACUGGGGACUUUGCAUGGUCCAGGAGCAGCUUGAGCCCUGCUUCUAUGAUUUGGGCAGAGAGGUGUCACUGUCACAGCCCAUGUGCCUCCCACAGCCUGGGCUGGGACAGGAGCCACAGCCUUGGGUCAUGCAUGUCACUGGAUCACCAGGACCUUGUGGCUCCAUGGGGCAAAUCCAGACCCUAGAAACCCCCGUGGGGUGCCAAGGCUGAUGCUGGCAGGUCAGUACCCGUCUGCCUCAGUUUCUCUUCAUGCCAGGGUGUGGAGCGGGGGUGCUGGAUGUGAGGAUGUGAAGAAGGGGCUGUUGCUCCAGCUCCCUGUCCCCCCACAGAUGGGGCCAACAAGAGGCACACCAACAUCCUCUGGUCCCUGAAAGCUGAGGCUCGCCCUGGGCAAAGCCAGGCAGGGAAAUCCUGUGGUCCAUGCAUUGGCCCCUCGCUUGCCAGUGGUUUUUGUAGGGUCUGCGUAAACGUGGCAUUUUUAAACAGCACUGGGGAUAUGGCUCUCCCAUGCUUCCCUGCAGCAUUGCUGCCUUCCCCGACCAUGCACCCAUCCCUGCCCCUCUCUGCCAACUGGGGACAUCUGGGUCCCAGCCCUGACCUCGCUAGUGGUGCUGGGGGGGAUACAGGGACCAGGUGGGGGGACAACACAGGGACCUGGGAAGGGACAGCCGGGUCUUAAUGGGGGUCCUGGGAAAUCUCAGCUGCAUCUGAUGGGAAAACUUGUUUCUCUUGGUCCCGCUGCCAUCCUCCACUGGUGCUGGUGCAAACCCCAUCCCGGUCAUGGCUUCAGACGAGGAGAUAAAGCGUUUCCUGAAGGAGGACUCAGAGGAGGCUGAGCUGACCCAGCUUCUGCGGGAUUGCCCACCGGCCGACAGCCCCAGGAAGGUGGAGCCCCCGGAGAGCUGGCGGGAGCCCAGCCACCCCCUCUGUGGCGUGGGAAGGGUCCCCCCUGACGAACCUGCCGACGAGAGGGACGCCAGAAUCUUCUCCCGGUCUCGGCCUUUGGAUUUCCAGCAGCACAUCGCUGCCCCCCCGUCCCCCAGCCCCAACCGCCCACGGAGCCCCUGGGGGCAGCUGGACCCCUACGACUCUUCCGAGGAUGACAAGGAGUACGUGGGCUUUGCCACACUGCCCAACCAGGUCCAUCGGAAGUCAGUGAAGAAGGGCUUUGACUUCACCCUCAUGGUGGCAGGGGAAUCUGGGCUGGGCAAGUCCACCCUGGUCAACAGCCUCUUCCUGACGGACAUGUACAGAGACCGCAAGCUGCUGAACGCCGAAGAGCGCAUCACGCAGACGGUGGAGAUCACCAAGCACGUGGUGGACAUCGAGGAGAAGGGUGUCAAGCUGCGCCUGACCAUUGUGGACACACCGGGCUUUGGUGAUGCUGUCAACAACACUGAGUGCUGGAAGCCGGUGGCCGACUACAUUGACCAGCAGUUCGAGCAGUAUUUCCGUGACGAAAGUGGCCUCAACCGGAAGAACAUCCAGGACAACCGCGUCCACUGCUGCAUCUACUUCAUCUCUCCCUUUGGCCAUGGCCUCCGGCCCCUGGACGUGGAGUUCAUGAGAGCCCUGCACCAGCGGGUGAACAUCGUGCCGGUGCUGGCCAAGGCUGACACCCUGACCCCUGCCGAGGUGGAGCGCAUGAAGAACAAAAUCCGGGAGGAGAUCGACCACUAUGGCAUCCGCAUCUACCAGUUCCCCGAGUGUGACUCGGAUGAGGAUGAGGAGUUCAAGCUGCAGGACCAGGCACUGAAGGAGAGCAUCCCCUUCGCCGUCAUUGGCAGCAACACAGUUGUAGAGGCCAAAGGCCGGCGUGUCCGUGGGCGCCUCUACCCCUGGGGCAUUGUGGAAGUGGAGAACCCAUCCCACUGUGACUUCGUGAAGCUGCGGACAAUGCUGGUGAGGACCCACAUGCAGGACCUCAAGGACGUGACGCGGGAAACCCACUAUGAGAACUACCGCACGCAGUGCAUCCAGAGCAUGACCCGCAUGGUGGUGAAGGAGAGGAACCGCAACAAGCUGACGCGAGAGAGUGGGACGGAUUUCCCCAUCCCUGUCAUCCCCCCGGUGCCAGACGCAGAGACAGAGAAGCUCAUCCGGGAGAAGGAUGAGGAGCUGCGGCGGAUGCAAGAGAUGCUCCAGAAGAUCCAGAAGCAGAUGAAGGACUCACACUAGCCCCUUUUUCCUCCUCCUCCUCACCGGCCCAGAUCAGAAGUGUUUACAUCACGCUCCAUCCUGCCCCAGCCCCCCUGCGAGACUUGGUACCAACACUGCACCCGCCACCUUAAGCUGCUGCAGUAUCGCCUUAUCCAACCGGCCAGCGCCCAUCCCAUGGGGACAGCUAGGAGACAGGACACCCAGCCUGGGGGUCCCCUGUCCCAGCCAGAUUGCUGUCCUGGCCCUGCCCCAGGCUGGGGACAGCUUUGUCCCCCGAGCUUUGGCUUUCCCUGUUUUCCCCGCAGCUCUGGGGAGGGCCACCGGCCAGCCUGCUCCCCAUGUCGUGACCCUUGUCCCUGUGUCACCUUGGGCUGCCUGCUUACAGCCUUUACACUCAGCUUGGCCCUGGCUUAAGGGAAGAGGAAAGGGGGGGACUGGUCCCAGCCCCCCCAAAGCCCCAGCUGCCCUGCUGUGGGGGACAGGGUUACUCCCCCCCGGCCUUGGCUGGCAUGGAGGGACAGCAGCGCCUGGGGACCACAGGUGACCAAGGGAAUGGAGAGGCAGCCGCCAUCCUGGCCAGGGUGGCAGCCGGCACUCAGACCCUUGGCUGCCUCCAUGCCAGCACUGGCACAAGGAGGGACCGAAGGUGUCCAGCCCUGUGUCCUUGGCAGGGACCCUGUCCCCACCCAGCGUCAUCCCUUGGGAGCACCCCAUGUCCCCAGGCGGUGGGGAAGGGCCACGGCAUGGGGAGUAUUGGGGAAUCACAGUCCCCAGAGAAAGUCCCUUGAGCCCCAAAUCAGAGGCUGGGUCCCCAGCCUGGCCCCCUGGAUAUUGGCCCUGUAAUGCAAUAAUGACUGUCUUGCACCUGCGGUGCUUCCUGACCUGUGGCAACAGCAUCGUCUCUCACUGGUGUUUCAGCUCCUGGUGCCACUUGCUUGUCUGUGGUGUCCCUCUGUGUCCCCAAGAUGGCCCUGUCCCUGCUGCUUCCUGGCAGAGCAUCACUGUGUGUCCCCCAAGGAUGUCCCCAUCCAUGUUGCUUCCCAGCAAAGCACUGCUGUGUGUCCCCAUAUUCCCCCGUGAUGUCCCCAUUGGUGUUGCUGCCCUGCAGAGCACUGCAGUGUGUGUCCCCCCCCCCCAGGCUGUCCCUUUCUGUGUUGCUUUCCCGCAGAGUACUAUGUCGUGUGCCUGUGUCCCCCCAGGAAGUCCCCAUCCCUGUUGCUGCCCUGCUGAGCACUGUGUUGUGUCCCUGUGUUCCCCCAGGAUGUCCCCAUCUGCGUUGCUUCCUGGAAAAGCACCACUGUGUGUCCCCGGGGUGAGCCCUGGCCUGCACCUCCCCAGGCAGCAGCCACAGGGCAUCCCUAGGGAGAUGGACGCGAACCCCCCCCCAACUCCCUGCUCCCCUCUGGGUACGGGAAAGACGAAAGGGGAUGGCAAAGCUGCAGGGUGGAGGCAGAACCGGGAGCAAUGGGAUCACUGGGAGCUUGCUGGCACGGGGACAUAUCCCGUCCCCAGCGGGGCCACCCGAGCCAGGGUUCCCUGUGUGGGUUCACCCCUGGGCAAGGGCUUUGCAUCCAGGCAGCUUGGCUGAUGGGGGCUGCGUCCGGCCAAGGCUCAGGGUGGGUGCUGCAGGGUGCUGGGGCAGCAUCUGGCAUGUGCCACAGUGUCCCCAUGCCAGCCGGAGGGUCCCUUGGCCCCUGUGGGCAGGGACCCCACGGGCAGGACCCCGCAAGGUGUAUUAGCGCUUUCCUUUUUUUAAUCUUGCUAUUUUCUUACAGAAGUACCUACCUUCGCAUGAUGGUCAUAGAGGCAUUUAUUAAAGGAUAAGCAGAGUAUAGGUUUAUAAAUUCUUAUAGAGCUAGUGGAAAUAUUUUUGUCCCUCCACAACUGUUCUCAAUAAAUACGGCUGACCCGG